GUUUAUCGCCAGACCAUGGACAGCCCCGAAUGCUUCAGUGCCGCCCACUUCCAGAAGUAUCUCUCGGGGGUCCUUGAAUCUCAGCACAGCCGAAGCAGCCGGCCUUCCGCUUAUCACCGGAAGAAAGUGAGGCUGCUGGUGGUCCUGCAAGGAUACACUGACGUGAUUGACGUUGUCCAGGCCCUUCAGACUCACCCGGACGUAGACGUGAAGGCCUCCUUUGCGAUUGGCGCAGUCACAACGUGUGUUGAGCCCCUCAGCUCUUACAUGGAACACAG